ACUUAUUGCACUAGUUCAGCAGUGCAGCUGUAAAGAACAGAUCUAUUGUUUCAUUUUCUCUGUUUCAACUUUUUCCAUGAGUUUUUUGUUCGCUUCCACAGCAGUUGGAUGUGGUUCCCGUUGGUUCCUGUAACUACGCAUAUUUUUGAUCUUGGAGACUGCGUACGCGUUGUUCCCGUUUCUCUUUUAUUUUCAAAAUCGUUCUGAUUUACGUAAGAAAAGGAGUGUAAUAACUCUGCUCAGAGCCAUAUAUUGAAUGAAUGAAUAAACUUUUUCCAUGCAUUUGAGCUUAUUUCUUCUUGCAUCGUUAGUAAUGUAUAUUGUCACUGUUGCGUAGGAUUGUUUUAUUAAUUUGUUUGUGAUCAUAUAGACAACAUGAGUGGUAACGAUCGCGAUAUUGAUGCCAAAAGUGUAAAUUGGCAUUCCGAAAAUAAAUAUCUAAUAAUUGACAACAAUGACGAAAACGUGGAAAAUGUCGAAAACAAUGAUACAAAAUCUAGAUCUGGGAGGAGCUCUAAUAAAACACAAUAUCGUUCUCAGACAGAAAAAAGGGAACAUCAUAAUUAUUUGGAAAGGAAACGACGAGAUGAUUUGAAAAUGGUUUUUUUUCAUUUGAAAAAUAAUGUACCAACUAUACUAAAAGGAAAAGCAAGUAGAGCAGUAAUCCUAACGAAGACAAUAGAGUAUAUUCAAAAGAUGAGGGAAGAAACUGCCGUACAUCAACGUAUUACUCAACUUGUAGGUGAGAACAUGUUGUUGAAUGAUCGAAUUAAAGAAUUAAAGAAGGAACUUCCAAGAAGUUGCAAGAGUAGCACAUAUCACAACAAAACAACUAUCCAGGUAUCAAUUAACUUCGUAAUAUGUAACCAAAUAUUAAUCAUUUUAUAUUGUAUAAAUAUAGGAUAAAUUUUAGAUAAAACUUUCUUAUUUUGCAAAUGUGUUAUUUUUACAAACAUUGCCAAUUCACAAAUACAAUGCAGUAUAUUUAUUUAUA